AGGCUGGGCGUGGUGGCUCAUGCCUGUAAUCCCAGCACCCUGGGAGGUCGAGGCAGGCGGAUCACCUGAGGUCAGGAGUUCGAGACCAGCCUGCCCAACAUGGUGGAAUCCGGUCUCUAAUAAUACAAAAAUUAGCCAGGCGUGUUGGCGCGCGCCUGUAGUCCCAGGUACUCAGGAGGCUGAGGCAGGAGAAUCGCUUGAAUCCGGGAGGCGGAGACUGCAGUGAGACGAGAUGGUGCCACUGCACUCCAGCCUGGGUGACAGAGCGAGACUCCGUAUGAAAAAAAAAAAAAUUAACCUAAUAGAGGAAAGCACGCGCCCACCCCCUCUCUGAGCAUGCGCACCAACGGAAUAGCCGCGCCCUUUCCUAAUUAAAUAAUUAACCAAGGUGAGAGUAAGGAAGAAAAGGAGGCUUGGCUAAGUCCCACUCUGAUGUGAUCACGUUAAAAGGGUGUAAGGCACAUUACAUCAUAGGUUAAAAUGCCUGGAAAACUCCGCGCUCUCCUUGCCAGAACUGCAGGCUCGCGAGCCCAAGUCUCCGAGAACUCAGGGAUUGUGAAACCCGCCCUGACUCUGCGCUAGCAGUGGGAUCCAGGCACCCGCAGCUAACUGGGGAGGGAGGUGACUGCCCGGCUGACUUUUCAUUGGCUCUGAGUCACAAAGGCUGCAGGUUCUUCCCCCUUCCGGUCGCUGAGUGGUUGAGGCCGGAAGACAACGCUCAUCGUCAUUGGCUGAGCCUGGCUGUCAGUCCUUUCGCGUCUCGCCGGCGCGGCAUAGCCCGGCGCGGCCUGUAAAGCAGUCUUAAGCCUGCUGCAGGGAGAAGAUGGCGGUCGCAGUGAGAACUUUGCAGGAACAGCUAGAAAAGGCCAAAGAGAGCCUUAAGAACGUGGAUGAGAAUAUUCGCAAGCUCACGGGGCGGGAUCCGAAUGACGUGAGGCCCAUCCAAGCCAGAUUGCUGGCCCUUUCUGGUCCUGGUGGAGGUAGAGGACGUGGUAGUUUAUUACUGAGGCGUGGAUUCUCAGAUAGUGGAGGAGGACCCCCAGCCAAACAGAGAGACCUUGAAGGGGCAGUCAGUAGGCUGGGCGGGGAGCGUCGGACCAGAAGAGAAUCACGCCAGGAAAGCGACCCAGAGGAUGAUGAUGUUAAAAAGCCAGCAUUGCAGUCUUCAGUUGUAGCUACCUCCAAAGAGCGCACACGUAGAGACCUUAUCCAGGAUCAAAAUAUGGAUGAAAAGGGAAAGCAAAGGAACCGGCGAAUAUUUGGCUUGUUGAUGGGUACCCUUCAAAAAUUUAAACAAGAAUCCACUGUUGCUACUGAAAGGCAAAAGCGGCGCCAGGAAAUUGAACAAAAACUUGAAGUUCAGGCAGAAGAAGAGAGAAAGCAGGUUGAAAAUGAAAGGAGAGAACUGUUUGAAGAGAGGCGUGCUAAACAGACAGAACUGCGGCUUUUGGAACAGAAAGUUGAGCUUGCGCAGCUGCAAGAAGAAUGGAAUGAACAUAAUGCCAAAAUAAUUAAAUAUAUAAGAACUAAGACAAAGCCCCAUUUGUUUUAUAUUCCUGGAAGAAUGUGUCCAGCUACCCAAAAACUAAUAGAAGAGUCACAGAGAAAAAUGAAUGCUUUAUUUGAAGGUAGACGCAUCGAAUUUGCAGAACAAAUAAAUAAAAUGGAGGCUAGGCCUAGAAGACAAUCAAUGAAGGAAAAAGAGCAUCAGGUGGUGCGUAAUGAAGAACAGAAGGCGGAACAAGAAGAGGGUAAGGUGGCUCAGCGAGAGGAAGAGUUGGAGGAGACAGGUAAUCAGCACAAUGAUGUAGAAAUAGAGGAAGCAGGAGAGGAAGAGGAAAAGGAAAUAGCGAUUGUUCAUAGUGAUGCAGAGAAAGAACAGGAGGAGGAAGAACAAAAACAGGAAAUAGAGGUUAAGAUGGAGGAGGAAACUGAGGUAAGGGAAAGUGAGAAGCAGCAGGAUAGUCAGCCUGAAGAAGUUAUGGAUGUGCUAGAGAUGGUUGAGAAUGUCAAACAUGUAAUUGCUGACCAGGAGGUAAUGGAAACUAAUCGAGUUGAAAGUGUAGAACCUUCAGAAAAUGAAGCUAGCAAAGAAUUGGAACCAGAAAUGGAAUUUGAAAUUGAGCCAGAUAAAGAAUGUAAAUCCCUUUCUCCUGGGAAAGAGAAUGUCAGUGCUUUAGACAUGGAAAAGGAGUCUGAGGAAAAAGAAGAAAAAGAAUCUGAGCCCCAGCCUGAGCCUGUCGCUCAGCCUCAGCCUCAGCCCCAGCAUCAGCCCCAGCUUCAGCUUCAAUCCCAGUCCCAACCAGUACUCCAGUCCCAGCCUCCCUCUCAGCCUGAGAAUUUGUCAUUAGCUGUUUUACAGCCAACACCCCAAGUUACUCAGGAGCAAGGGCAUUUACUACCUGAGAGGAAGGAGUUUCCUGUAGAGUCUGUAAAACUCACUGAGGUACCAGUAGAGCCAGUCUUGACAGUACAUCCAGAGAGCAAGAGCAAAACCAAAACUAGAAGCAGAAGUAGAGGUCGAGCUAGAAAUAAAACAAGCAAGAGUAGAAGUCGAAGCAGUAGCAGUAGCAGUUCUAGUAGCAGUUCAACUAGUAGCAGCAGCGGAAGUAGUUCCAGCAGUGGAAGUAGUAGCAGUCGCAGUAGUUCCAGUAGCAGCUCCAGUACAAGUGGCAGCAGCAGCAGAGAUAGUAGCAGCAGCACUAGUAGUAGUAGUGAGAGUAGAAGUCGGAGUAGGGGCCGGGGACAUAAUAGAGAUAGAAAGCACAGAAGGAGCGUGGAUCGGAAGAGAAGGGAUACUUCAGGACUAGAAAGAAGUCACAAAUCUUCAAAAGGUGGUAGUAGUAGAGAUACAAAAGGAUCAAAGGAUAAGAAUUCCCGGUCCGACAGAAAGAGGUCUAUAUCAGAGAGUAGUCGAUCAGGCAAAAGAUCUUCAAGAAGUGAAAGAGACCGAAAAUCAGACAGGAAAGACAAAAGGCGUUAAUGGAAGAAGCCAGGCUUGCUUAGCCAUUCUUUGCAGCAGAAGAUUUCUUGAUAUAAAAGGAUUACCUUUCCUUGUAAAGAGGAUGCUGCCUUAAGAAUUGCAUGUUGUAAAAAAUCUUUUUGGAAAAUACAGACUGUUUGUUUACCAGACAUUCUUGUACUUUUUGCAUAAUUUUGUAAGAGUUAUUUAUCAAAAUUAUGUGAGGUUCCAAAAUAUGUAAAAAUGAUAAUAAUAAAAAAAGAUUAACAUCCCUUGUCAUCUUUUUUAAAUAUCCUAUACUCUUCAGUAAGAAUCUGUAUAUUUUAAUAGGCAAAUCUUUAAGUCUGUUCCCUUCUAAUUCUGUAUCAUACAUUGCUUUUGUAGAAAUAAAUGUGUGUUUAUUUCAUUAUUUUUGGGAUGUCCUCGUUGACACUUGUAUAAUAUCCUCUUUAUCAUUUUCAGCUUUUAACACUAGAUACUGCACGUGAUUAGAAUGUUUUUGAAGGUUUCCUCGUUUUUAUUUGCCUUGGACAAUUUUUAGUUGUCAGAGUCAGAGCUUUGCAGCUUUGAGGGGGAACAGUUCUCUUUAAAAUCAUUUGCUAUUUUCUAUUCUCCCUUGUUAUUUUAAUCUAAGCAUUUUCCCCCGUUUCUCAUAUUUUAACCAUAUGUUUGGUAGAUAACUAAACAGUAUGAUCUGGUUGGCAUUUUCUUCCUGAUGAUAGGAGCGUCAUUCUUUUGUCUUCAUGGUUACUUGUGUGAUAUAACAUACAUCUGUUAAAGAAAAGCACUUCUUUCUAGGGGAGGGAGGUAGAAAAGUAUCUUUCAAACUUGGUUUUUGAGUUUGUGUCUUGUCUUAACUUUGUGUUGGCUCUAACUGAAACAUGCCGAUAUGUGUUUUCAAGAAUUUUGUUUAAGGAAGUAUUGUAUGGAAGUCCACAAAAUGAAGGAAGUUCAUCUAGGUUUUAAUAUGUAAGCAAGAUAACACACAAGUGUACCAAGUGAUUAUUAACUUUGUUGUUUUACAAAUUUGUAUGAACUUGGAGUAUCUGUUGGCCAUUACUAUACAUGUGCAAAUAAAUGUGGCUUAGACUUGUG